AGGCGCGCGCGGGAGGGCGCCCUGCCGCCUGUGCCCCGCCUGAGCCGAGGGCGAACCCGCAGCGCAGUGGGCCGCGAUCGGGCUUAACGGAACGAACGGAACUAACGCGCGGCGUUCCCAAAUGAACUUAAUGAGGGAAUCAGCCCGUUAAUUAACUGCCAGAAUUAUAAAAGCUCUUCAAGCAGGGGUAAAGGAAGGGCUGCGAUCCUGAAAGAAGCCUAUAGGCAUUGAAGGGACUCCUGGCUCCUCCAGCCCUGCACCAUGCUGUCCUCCAAGCAGCACAGCAUCCUGACCAUUAAGGACCUCCUGGACAAUGGAUUUGUGGCUGGGGCCUCUGGGCACACUCACUUCUCUCCUGUGUGCAGUUACUAUCUGGACUCCAGUAGUGCCCCAAAGCAGAGUGCCUGGGAGCUGCUGGCAGAUGCGGACACCACGAGGGACAGCUCUGUGUGUAUGGUGGCACAACCCAUGGGCAGCGGAGUGAGGGCCGGCCUGAGCUCCUCAGACCUCAGCUUCCUCUCCUUCUGUAAGAGCCCCUCUGGCCCUGCCAUACUCGACCUGUCAGCUGUGCCCUGCGAGCUGCCAGCUGGGCCUGGCUGCUUGCUGGACGUGACAUCAAGGAACACCUCCACGCCGUGCAAGGCUAGGAAGAGCCUCAAGGAGAGAGCACUGUCCCAUAGCACCGAGCUGCUGAGUGACCUGCAGUCCCCUGGGAAGCUCCCAGCAGCCAGGUGGGAGAUCUCAGAAAUAAAGCCCCCCCUGGACGCCAGCCUGCCCCUCGAUAUGAGCUUCCUGGGCUGCUCCAAGCCAGACAUAUCACUGCUGGGCACCCCUGUAGUGCUCCCUGUGUCCUGGCCCAGGAGACACAUGGCUCUGUCCCACGAGGCCCAGCUGGGCGAUACAGAGCCCGGCUCUGUGCUCCUGCACCAGGCCCCGUGAUGCCUCAGCCCUGGCAGGGCGGUCACAGCUGCACGGUGUGGGGUAACACGGUGAGGUUUUUCUCCUCUGCGGUGGAAAGCAGACAGCAGAGCCCCGCGAGCUGCAGCUCACAGCCUCCGGCCCAUCUCCCCGCUCCUAUCCUACUGCUAUCUUUUGUAUUAAGGUAAUAAAGCUUUAAACUUCC